AAUUGCAACAAUUUUUUGGGAGAAAUGGUGCAUUUUCUGGGAAUUCCAGGUGUGCCGAUAAUUACGAUCAUGACUGUAGCAUCUUUCACUUUUCAGGGUCUUACGUAGCAUCUUUCACUUUUCGGGGGGACUUCUGUGUCUUUAUGUUAUAUGGUGUCUUUCACUUUUCGGGGGGGGCUUCUGUGUCUUUAUGUUAUAUGGUGUCUUUUACUUUUUGGGGGGUCUUCUGUGUCUUAAUGUUAUAUAGCAUCUUUCCUUUCAGAGGAUCACUUCCUGCUUAGAUUGUGAUUUCCCCCUCUAUAGUGCCUUUCACAGCAGGACACUUUACAGAGCCAGUGUUUUGUAAUUUUUAAAAAGCAUUCCAGGUGAUUAAUUACUGGGGCGGGGUUAGGUAAAGCUUAUAAUCAAAUCAGAAUAAAGAACAGAGGGCUGGAAGGGUGGGAGUGGCUGAGCACUACACCAGCAUCCAAUCAGAGUUCUGGGAUGGCUCUGGGCACCCACAACACUAUAAGCUGAUUGGAGGAUUUGAUUUUAUUUCUGUGGUGGCUUUCUAAAGUUAGUGUGAUGAGAAGGACAUGAAUACUCAGAAAUGCGCCUUUGUCACCGGUCAGAUCGGACAGACCCUAACCCUAAAGAGAUAAAGCUUGAUAACACCCGGUCUUCCAGCAGGUGGAGCCGGAAUGUGUGACAUGACCCGAGUUCCAGAAUGGCUCCCAGUAUUCCACUGUUUAAAGUGAACUUUGUCCCAGGGUCCCAUGGGCACACCGCUCUGGAGCAGCCUUUGCCAUUCUUGGUUUAAAGCUGUUGUUUGUUUUAUCAUUAAAAGAAAGAAAAACAAGGCGACUUAGGAAGGACGGCGGCCCUCGUCUCUGGGGAGCAGGCUUCACUGGUGCUCCCGAUUCCUGAUCCUAUCAAUUAGCCUAAUGAGCUCCAGCUGAUCGAUAGUCUUGGCCACCUGUGCCUCCAGUUUAGGGCCGUGUUGGGCGCCACACCUUGAUCUCCAGGGACUAAGGAGCCCGGUGAUUAUGUAUAAUUUAUUGGGGACUGCUGGCUAGAGGUCAGCUAAGUUAAUCCACUGAGGGUCUCAAGUGAAUGAUUCUGCACGGGUGACAGUUUAACAAACCCACCACACUGUUAACCUUAUGUCCCCCAAAUCUGUUUCUCAUGCAUUUGGCCUAGCUGGCCACCACUCGCCCCUUGGACACGCGUCUCACCAAAACUCCCACUGUAGUUCAGGCUUCGGGGGUCUUACCGUGUGUUGGUGGGCUUCAUUGCUGCAUCCUGGUGCUCAGGCCUCUUCUUAAUCCCCCCCCCCCCCACCGUCCCCCUCCCUCUCGGAGUGAAAUACUUUUCUCUUCGCGACACAUGAUAUGGAGAAGGUCAUCAGGAUGCAGGUGCAGCGUUGGGCCAGGCAAGCAAAACCUGGAGCUGAGCUGCGGCAGUGCAGCCAGAAAGGCCAACAGCAUCUUCUACUUUGAUUGGCUUUUUUUUUUUUUUCUUUCCCUCCUCGCUUUCAUUUUCUUCGAUGGCACGUCACAAGGCUGUGCGGCUGAUCCUUUUGAGGCUUGUCCCUGGGCUUAGAAUGUCAUGUUUCCUCUGCAGGUAAUGUCUUCCUGCCUUACGUGAUACAAUGAAGCAAGUUCUCCUGCAGCAGAUGCGUGACGAUGCGGGCGACGGGUUAUAUUUUCGGCCUCCUGCAAGGACACGGCUUAGUGCUGCCUGUGCCGGCGGUAAGCGCAGAGACGCGCCAGCGUGGACGAGAGCCUCUGUGCUGCGUUGCUUUUUUAUCUUGGAGUUAGGAUGUGUUUAUCAGUGUCUGCGCUGGCACGUGGAUGACGAUGGAAGGAGGGCUUCUAGAGCGUUCAUCCCUGCCCUUCAGCUGGCAGGUGCCAUCGAGGUCAGCAAGUGAUGGAGAUGGAUGUGUACUUGAGGUUUUAGGUGGGCAGGAGAGGAUGGAAAGAGACAAACAGGCCAAGAGCAGAGAGGAAAAGAAACAAGAGGAGUGUGAGCAAGAGAAUGGAAGAGAGGGCACUGCUAGAAUUAAAAGGGGGAACAACGGGACGUACAAGUUGCUUAAACUGGUACCAAAAGAGAACAGGAGGAGUCAGGAUGGAACAAGAAGAGGUCAAAAAAAAAAAAAGCAGCAAAGAGACAAGUAGGAAUUGAGUGCUGGUAUGGAGGAAAUGAAAAGGGGAGCUCAUAAAGAGCACAGGAACUAAGAAAAGGCUGAAAAGAACCAAAAAAAGAUUACAUGUGGAGAAAAGAAUCAGUGAAGGCAACACAGGGGCGAUGGGGAAAGAUAAAACAACCCCGAAGAAUACUAAAGGGAUUGGAAUUCGGCAAAGGAAUCCCAGAAAUGAUAGCAGAAGCAAAGGCAAAAAGAAGAGUGUGAGAAGGAAGAGGAGUGAAAAGGAGCAGGGUGGAGAGGAGUCAUGUCAGAGAAUUAGGGUGACUGAGAGGAGAAAUGAGUCUGAGAGUACAGAUCAGAUAGAGUUGAAUGGAAUGAAAGAAAAGACAAGAAAAAGAAGAGCACACAGUGGAGAAGAGGAGUGUGAGGGGACAAUAUACAAAGAGAGAAGACAGGAAGAAAAAGGAGAGGAAUUAGAAUGCACGAGAGGAGGGAAAAAGUAAAAAUGGAGAGAGCUGGAAAAAGAAUAGUUGAAAUAAGAAGAGAAGAAGGAGAGAAAAAAGAAAAUUAAGAGUGAAGCUAGUGACAAGGGAGAACAAGAGGAGUGUGAGGAGAAAGUAUACAAAAGGACCAAAUGAAGGGGACAGGAGCCAUUUGAGAGGAGUAUUAGGGUGAAUGAGAGGAGAGAAGAGGUUCAGAACAGAGAAGGAGAUGAAUGGAAUAGAGCUAAACGAGAAGGAGGAGGAAGAAAACAGAAUAGAAAUGACGAUGGGGAAGAUGAGACGAAGGAGAAGAGGAGUGUGAGGAGAAAAUGCACAAAUAGAGCUGACAGGAAGGAAAACAAGAGGAAUAAAAGUGAAUGAGGGGAGUGGAAAGGUGAAAUUGGAGGUACUUGGAGUAAGAGAAGUAGCAAGAUAAAAGAGUAGAGCUGGUAACGGGAAGAGAUAAACCAAUAAAACAAUAGGAGUGUGAGGCUAAAAAAAGAAAGAAAACAAGAGGAGUGUGAUGUGGCAGUACACAAAACAAAAGGCAGAAAGAAAAAGGAGUGGAAUUAGAGUGAAUGAAGGCACAGAAAAGGUGAAAAUGAAGGAAGUAAGCCAAGUGAAAAAAUGAAAUAGAGCUAGUGAUAGGAGGAGGUAAGACAAGACAAAAAACAAGAGGAGUGUGAGGGAGAAAGUAUAUAAAGAGAACAGUCACAAAAUAAAAAAAAAUGGAAUUAGAUGAUAGGAGAGAAAAGGUGAAAACGUAGGAGCUUCAAUGAAAACGAGUAAAAAAAUAGAAUAGAGCGAGUGACAAGAGGAGAUAAGACAAGGCAAAGAACAAGAGGAGUAUGAGGUGAAAGUAUACAAAGGGAGCAGGCAGAAAGGAAAGAUGCCAUGUGAGAGUAGCAUUAGGGGGAAUGACAGGAGGAGAAGGGGCUGAAAACAGAGGUGGAGAUCAUUAAAGCAAAAGAAGCAGGACGAAGAAGGAAAGAGAGAAUAAUGUUAAUGAGAGGAGGAAGAUGAGCCAAGGAAAAAAAGACCAAAAAAAAAGCAAAAACACAAAAACAAGAUUAAUGUGAUGAGAAAAUGUCCAAAAAGAAAAAGGAGUGUAAUUAGAGUAAGAAUGAGAGGAGAGAAAAAAGGGGAGAGGGGAGGGGAAAGAUAAAGUGAAAAUGAAGGAGCUGGAGUAAGACAAGUGAAAAAAUAAAACAUAAUAGAGCUAGUGACAGGAUGAGAUAAAGAAAAGGCAAAGAACAAGAGGAGUGUGAGGUGAAGGUACAUAGAGAGCAAUUAAAGAAUUAGAGUGAAUGAGAGGAGAGAAAAGGAGAAAAUGAGGGAGCUGGAGUAAGAGAAGUGAAACAAGAGAGCAGGACAAGUAGAAAAAGAAAAGGGAGGUGGAGGACAGAAGAGAAGGUGGGAAUUACACCACUGGUAAAGCAAGGGUGAGAUUAAAAGAGAAAUGAGUAUCAACUGAGGGAGAUGAGUUCAACUUAGAAAACGAGAAAGAGGAGUACGAGAAUAACAGAGGAUUACAAAGCAGCAGGACAAGAGAGGGAAGAGGAGCCUGAGAUGUUGAUAAGAGGGUGAAGCACUCACUCACUCACUCACUCACUCAUCCACACUCGUUCCAGUACAGAGCUGGUGGUAGUUUGAGCCUAGCCUGGCAGUAUGGCGUGAAAGACAAGAACCAUGAAUGGGAUGUCAGCCAUCAUAGGUUGAUGCAGAUCUGUAAAGUGUGCAAGAAGGUCAUAGACAGCCGAACAGGAACAAACAAUUGGAGCAAGUGGAGGAAUGCAGAAAGAGGACUUACAAAAAAAAAAAAACAGGGGAGAGAAGGAGAACACAACGAGAGGGAAGGAGCAAUUUUUGGAGACAAUAUGGAGGAAGAGGAGAAGGUGGAGAUGGGACAAAGAAAAGGUGCAGAAAGAAAUACAGAAAGAGUUGAGAUGAUAGUGGGCAAGUGUCAGGAAUUUGGAGCAGCGUGGGACUGGUAUACUGGAGAAGAUCUAGAGAUAGGUGGAGUGCAAAAAAUGGGACAAUGGAAAAGGAAAAUUGGGGGGGAAUAGGAGACAGAAUAUCAAAGUUCAAGUAAGGGGUGAAGAAGCAGACACAGUGGUCAUUGUAGUUGUUAGGUGUGCGUACUUGACCUACCAGUGUGUAACAUGUUGCCCUUCUCUGGUGCCAUGAUAGACAAGAAUGGAGGAAAGAGCUGAGCUUGGGCUUGGCAGGACAGAAGUGGAGUGAAGAAGCAGCAAAGAUGAGAAGAGCAAGAAAUGGAAGAGUUGUGGAAUGCCAGAGAAGAGGGAGGGGAAAAUGGAGAAGUCGUGGGUAAUAAUAUUAAUGUGGGAUCAACUCUGAGCAGCACUGGGAGAAGUGGAACAGGAGAAGGAGGAAAAGGGGUGGUAAAACAAGCAUGGCAGGGUAGAAAGGGGUAAAGGGAGAAAGGAAAGUGUGCAGGAGUGAUGGCCAAUAUGACCCGAGGUUAGACUCCCUUCUUGAGGCACCUUUGCAGUUGUGUGCUGUUCUAGUAAAGCUCCCCCCCUCCCCAGCAAGUAAUGGCUGUUAUCUUCAGGUUUCAUCCUCCCCCUGAGACUUCUAAUGCCCAGCAUAGGAAACAAUUAGUUUCUUCCCUUAAUUCCCUGAGGUUCUCGGACAGCGUGCAGCUCACAGCCCAGAGUUUUUAGGAGUAAAAUGUGACACGCUGACGCCUUUAUGGGAGUGAGCUGCUAGUAAGAUGUAGUCACACAUCUGUAUAUGUAGGUCGGCACUGGUGGCAGCUGGGGGGCGGAGCUUCUGCAGUGUACUUGAGGAAAAAGCACAGAGGAGGUGAGCCGGCAGAUGUGGGAUGAGCUGAAACUGUGAGGAACGCCGCACACCUACCAGCAAAGUGACAAGACGCAGCGACUCGGCCGUAGGAGACAGUCAAUCCUGCAUGCCACCGUCACUGUGCACCGAUGGCCGCGUGGCCCUCAUGUGCGGCCUGGGGGCCAACAUGUUUGAGUCCACUUCUGCCAGUGUGGCUGUCAAAAGAGGGGUCCACCAUAGGGUGUCAACUCUACGCAAGAGGCUCUCCUUCCGCAGAACCAAGUCAGACAGUGGUGCGGAGAAGUUUAGCACUGCCAGUAACUCGAACCGGAGCACGCCUGCCUGCUCGCCUGUCCUCCGCAAGCGCUCGCGAUCGCCCACCCCCCAGAGCGCUGAAGGCGAGAACAUGGUGGAGAAAGGCUCGGACCACUCGUCAGACAAGUCCCCUUCGACCCCCGAGCAAGGUGUCCAGCGCAGCUACACUUCAGCGCAGUCGGGCCGCACCGGCACGAAGAACUCCAAGAAAAGUCAGAGCUGGUACAACGUUCUGAGUCCCACCUACAAGCAGCGAAAUGAAGACUUCAGGAAGCUCUUCAAGCAACUUCCGGACACGGAGCGUCUCAUUGUUGAUUAUUCCUGUGCCCUGCAAAGAGACAUCCUGCUUCAGGGACGACUCUACCUCUCGGAAAACUGGAUUUGUUUCUAUAGCAACAUCUUCAGAUGGGAAACGCUGCUGACUGUCCGGCUGAAAGACAUCUGCUCGAUGACGAAGGAGAAAACUGCACGGCUCAUCCCCAACGCCAUCCAAGUUUGCACUGACACUGAAAAGCACUUUUUUACCUCUUUUGGAGCCCGGGACAGGACGUACAUGAUGAUGUUCAGACUCUGGCAGAAUGCACUACUAGAAAAGCCCCUUUGCCCCAAAGAACUGUGGCACUUUGUGCACCAAUGUUACGGGAACGAACUGGGCCUCACCAGCGACGACGAAGACUACGUGCCCCCCGACGACGACUUUAACACCAUGGGAUGCUGUCCCUCUCGCUGGUGCAGGUACUGUGAGGAGAUCCCUGCCGAAGAAAACGAGGUCAACGACAACUCUUCCAAGAGUAGCAUUGAGGUCAAGCCGGAUGUCAGCCCGCAGCUCCCUAAGAAGUCCAUCACCAACAGCACGCUGGCGUCCACCGGCAGCAGUGAAGCCCCCGCUUCUUUUGACGGUGUGCCAGUCGAGGAGGAUGGGGAGUGCCAACUCGAUGGAGUGCUCAUUCCACCCCUGAUCAUCAAUGAGAAAGAAAAAAUCAUUGACAACAACAUUCCUGUCAGCACCCCAUCACUGGAUUUCAACGACAACGAAGACAUCCCCACCGAGCUGAGCGACUCAUCGGAGACCCACGAUGAAGGAGAGGUCCAGGCCUUUUACGAUGACCUCAACGGCCGGCAGUACAUCAACGAGGUCUUCAAAUUCAGCGUGGACAAGAUGUAUGACCUGCUCUUCACCGAGUCCCAGUUCCUAAGGGAGUUCCUGGAGCAGAGGAGGUUUUCAGACAUGGUGUAUCAUCCUUGGAGAAAGGAAGACAAUGGCAACCAGACGAGGGAGAUCAUGUAUACAAUCACACUAACCAACCCUCUAGCGCCUAAAACUGCCACGGUCACUGAAACACAGACUCUGUACAAGGCCAGUCAAGAGAGCGAGUGUUACGUCAUCGACGCCGAGGUCAUAACGCACGAUGUCCCGUAUCACGACUACUUCUACACUCUCAACCGCUACACGUUAACACGAGUCGCCAAGAACAAGUGUCGUCUCAGGGUGUCCACUGAACUCCGGUACAGAAAGCAACCCUGGGGGCUGGUCAAGAGCUUCAUUGAAAAGAACUUCUGGAGUGGCCUGGAUGAUUACUUCCGACAUUUAGAGAUUGAGUUGACAAAGGUUGAGGCGACGUUCAUCGAGUCCCACCGACAGUCACCCAAAGAAAAGAACACGAAGGCUUCAACCGUGAGGAGACGGAAAAGGCCGCUUGCCCACAUCCGGGCCCAGCACAUGGAAGAAGUGGUCAGUCCGGUCACCACGCCCACCGAUGAAGAGGUCAUUCACAGAAUCAAGCAUGUGGCAGGUUCCACGCAAACUAAACACGUCCCAGAUGACCUUUCUGGAGGCCUCGCUUUGUACAGUGUUUCCAAGUUGCUGCUAAUCAUUAGUUUUGUGAUCUGUCUGAGCUUGGUGUUAUUAGUGUUCCUCAACAUGAUGCUCUUCUACAAACUCUGGAUGCUGGAGUACACGACGCAAAGCCUGACGACGUGGCAGGGCCUGCGCCUCCAGGAGAGCAAACUGCCGCAGUCGCAGAUGGAGUGGGCUCAACUACUGGAGUCACAGCAGCGCUACCACGACUCAGAGCUGCAGAAGUGGAGGGAGAUCAUCAAGUCCUCGGUGCUCCUCUUGGACCAGAUGAAGGACUCGCUCAUCAACCUGCAGAAGGGCAUCGGCCUGAGCGACUACUCCACCGAAACGGAAGACAAGAGGAAUCGCUACCACUGACGGACAUUUCCAGGCCAAGAGGGAACGGUGUGCAAUAUGUAAAUAUGCGUUUUACGCAAGUUAAGUCGAGAUACUGGACCCCCACACUCCUCCUCCACAUCCCCCCUGCCCCCCCAUUCCCCUCCCCCAAGUUGUGGUGGACAGUAUUGAGUCGCUGCUGCUCCACAAUGGAUACUUAACAUGACUGAAGCUCAAGGUGACCACAGGCCGGACAGAGAGCUCGGUUAGCACUGAGGCAUCAUGGGAAGACAGCAGCCACGCUAACCAGGGCCGACACUCCUCUGUUUUUUUUUUUGUUUAUUUUUUAAUUUAUUCUUUUUAUAGAAUGUUGUACUGUAAGCUUCUGCUGCAUAACAAACAGAAUCGCAUGUGUUACCCUCCAUAGGCCGUCAUUGUCCAUUGAAGGCAUUUAACUAGAAUUCUGUGCAAUCAGUGUCUGAAAUGAGACAGAGGCAAAGACAAAAAAAAUAAGGCAUUAUUUAAUAGAAAGGAGGAAAGGCGGGUUUAUUUAUUGAGGAGGCACAGAGCAGCGGAGUCCGCUCUGUUGGGGUCUUUACCCGAGCUGCAGAAUCCCUUUUAUCUUCAGGGGACAUGACGUGUGACAGGGACCAGACAGAGACGCUGCGCACUGAGGGACAGUAGACGCUGGACCAUGAGAUAUCGUCUCACAAACUGCUGUCUUAGCUGGGGCAGGACCCCCGUCGGACAGCAGUCCUUAACACUUAGCGCUCUUGUCCUGAGUUACCAUUGGCUGUCUUUGUCAUGUCAGAGGUCUCAGACAAGAUGGCCACACAUUGCUAACCACACUGCUGAAGUAAAAGUGAAACUGGUCUGAGAUCAGUGCGGGGUGCGGAUUAAGAAAUGGUGCCCGCCACGCAAAGGCUUCAACCAAUCCCAGCACUGCUCAGCACUGGCAAAGGGGCCAAAAAACGACUGCCUUGGCACAAAACCAAAGGCCCGUCUUUAAGCUGCAAGGUGCUUGUGUGGUGUUAAAGGGUAAAACGGGCACCCAUGUGCGUGAGACACCCACUUGGGCACAGCUGGGCUGGCAUCCCUGCUGAGUUUUUAAAUGCUUCUUCAGAUUAUUGUAUUCAUUUAUUGUUGUAUUUAUUACAACUUGUCAAACUGUAACAGUAUAUCUUCCAAGAGGAAACUACAAUAUGUAUAUAAAUAUGUUUCAUAGCCAUAGUUUUUAAACGAAACCUCACCUAGAGAAUUCUGGGAAAGCACUUUGACUGGCUAUGGACAGAUGUACAGCUAAUUGCAGGUGCUGUGUACAUUAAUACAACUUUGUGUUCUUACUGUUAUGUACCCUCUGGGUGUGUAUGUGUGUGUGUGUGAGUGUGUGCGUGUGUGUGUGUGUGUAUACGGAUAUAGUGUCUGUGACGAGGGGUACUCCAGGGGUCUGUUAAUUCAAACAUUGGAAAAUAAAAAAGCUACAAACACAGCCAUAUAUCCUGUAACAUAUACUGUAUGUCUGUGUAUCUGCUCUGUGUAAUAGGCGAUGUGUGUGUGUUGUGUGUGUAGAUACACACAUACAUGUAGAGUGUAAUACAGAGUGCGUGCCUGUUGAAUAACAAA